GUGCCUCAGCUCAGUUCGGGAUUCACAGUGCGUGCAAGCAGCUGAUAGAAUGAAGAUAGCGAUGAUCAUCUGGGCGAUGAUGCUAACGUUGGUGAUCAGUGGCAGCCAUUAUGGAAUGUGCCAAUCACUUAACAGUGAAGACAGCUCUCACGUGGUUCAGAUUGGUCAAACCCAACCCAAUGGAGAAAUAACCUACAUUUGUGGGGGAGCAUAUCUGGGAAAAAAUAUGAUUGUACUUGGUGCACACUGUGCCAAUAGGAACGGCCGUCAACCGGAUAUUGUUCAUUUUGGUAGCACAUUAUCAACUGGAUUCAAUGUACGCAUCGCUAACAUUACUCUUCAUUAUCGUUAUAAGCCUCAGUUCGACUACCACAACAUGGCAGUCGCUCAGCUCGAACGAAACCCACAAUCCGUUUCCUCCGUCGUCAAGGCUGCGUGUAUCGAGAAAGUGCAUCUGAAGUCCAACACUCCGAUCCAACUAAUUGGACCAAUCAAGGAUCGCAUAGUACGAACAAAUCUACUAGCGGUAGGAUCGGAAAAGUGUCACGAAUAUUACAACCCAAACCUAAAGCUGCGGUUCGGGGUGCUACUCUGUUGCUUUUGUGCUCGGAGCACAAACUCCAACCCAUGCACGACUCAACAUAGUUCGCCUAUACAAAUCAUUAAGAAACGCAACGGAAAAGAGGUUCCUUUCCUCAUAGGGCACAAAUCGAUUGGAAAAUCCUGUGGCACCAGCACUCCUGCCGUUUACACCCGAUAUGGAUCAUAUUUCGAGUGGUUAGAAACCGUUACGGGGUUAAAAUUUCAAGAAAAUGAAUGUUCAAGUCGUUAUUAAUGUCCGCACAGAUAGAGUACCGGGCUACGAUAGAUAAAUCAACUUAGAAGCUAAUAAUGCCAAACUUCAAAUUUUAAAUAAAUAUAUUUUGCCC